UAUAAUUCGUUGUCAGAUACAUCGAUACAUUAUGAUUUUUCUUUACAAAUAUACUAUCACCAAUUAAAUCUUAUAUAUCGAGCCAAACUGAGGGGGUUUCAUUAUAAAUAGUAAAGUGGUCGCAUUCAUUUCAAGAUAUCCAGAAGUAAGACUGAUAUAUUUCUAAACAAUGAUUGUGAGGAUCAUCAAAAAUUUCUUAUUUUCAGUAUCGAUGAGUUGCAUUUUUGUGAGUGGGGCAUGUGCGUCCAGUCACAAGGAUUUAGAGGCAAUAGGAGAAAUCUCAAUAACAAAUAUAAAACAUCUCGAAGAUUCAUCAAAUAAAAAAAGUUAUAUCUACGAUAUAUUCAACGAAAGUAAUACAAUUUAUGAUGAAGUUUUCUGGAUUGUCUUAGCAUCAUUCAUACUUUAUGUGGUGUACAUGAGAGCCAGAACGAAUUUUAGAUUAGAUUAUCCAGAUGAAGAUGAAUCGCCAUUUUAUUCUGCUAUAAUAAAAUACAGGAAAAUAGUUGCACCUGAUCCUUAUCUCGAUACUGAGAAAAAGAAAUUCGAUAUUAUGUCAACAUUCGAAAAUGGACCACUCAUAGCCUUUUGGAUAUUUUUGUAUUCCGUUGCCAUUUUCAGUUUUGAUGAUGUGUUCGGAGCAACUUACAAACAUAUAGAAGAUCUGACCAGUCUAGUAUUUGCUUUGUUCAUUAAUUGCAGCAAUAUUGUAGUUUGCUGCAUAGUAUUUGAUUUAUGUUCCAGUGCUCCAAUGAAAUAUUAUGAGGAAUAAAUUUACGAAAAUUAAUAAAUUUCUAUUUUCGCAA